AUGGCUGUGAUGGUGGAGGCUCAGGGAGAGCAGAUGGAUGAUAUUGAACACCAUGUCAUGAACGCUUCCCACUAUGUGAAGGAUGGAACCAAACAUCUGACGACUGCCAAGGGAUACCAGAGGAGCAGCAGGAAGUGGAUGUGUAUUGGAGUCAUAAUCCUGCUGCUGCUCAUUCUUGUCAUUGUCAUCCCCAUUGCCACUAGCUUCGCUAAUUCUUGA